GAAUUUCCUGGCUAGGUCACGAUUCGAAAGCGGACUCAUUGACAUCGUGCCAACCAGUACACUUGUUGACCACAAUGCUCCUGGAGCCAUCCUUAUAUUCUAUUAAUAGUAUACUCAUCUUAGAUAGUGAAGGGAAGCGCAUUUUAGCGAAGUAUUAUGACUCAUCGUUUCCAUCUGUUAAGCUCCAACUGGAAUUCGAGUCGAAACUAUUCAAGAAAACAAGCAAAACUAACGGUGCGGAAAUCACGUUGCUGGACGGCGCGACAUGUGUUUAUCGUAACGUAGGCGAUCUUUACUUUUAUGUCGUUGGGGAUGCUAACGAAAAUGAAUUAUUACUCGUCAGUGCCCUUCAGUGCUUGUACGAUUCUGUCAGCCAAGCUCUGAAACGAUCAGUUGAAAAGAAAACACUGAUGGAUAAUCUAGAUUUAAUUUUCCUUAUAGUUGAUGAACUGUGUCAUAAUGGCAUACUGUUAGAGUCCGACGCAACUGCGUUGGUGUCUCGAGUUGGUGCAAGGACAGAUGAUAUCCCACUUGGAGAGCAAACCGUCGCACAGGUAAUUUUAGCUCUUUUAUGUCAGUAUCCACGUUUGGCAGAUCAGUCUGUUUACCAUAAGUUCGUUGUGGAUGUACCUUUGAGUGCGAUUUCUUCUGUCACUACUUUUGCGUAACUUGGUCUCAUAUACUUAUAUGGAGUGAAAUAAGUUUUAAUAUACAAAGACUGAUGAGAUAUGAUAUGCUGUUAAACGCUAAUGGCUGUUUAUCUGUUAAACAACCUACAAAGUUUUAUUGCAGUGAAGAGUCACCAAUGUAUUCACGGAACGUUUCUAGUUUGGUUUUCUACUCACUUAUCUGUCAACUGUUACUGGUGCAGAUUCACAACAAACGUUACUUCUUUCAUAAGGAAUGUAUUGAAUAAGUGUACCAGUUCUAGAGUUUAGAAAUAAUUGUUUGAGACACAUUUCUACCGAAAAACUGCCAUAACGUUUUCCUGUAACAAGCGCAAGUUUGUUCGCUGACUAGAUCACAAUCAUUCAUCAUUAACGUGAAGCGUAGCACAGAUGCGCGUUGAGCAAAGUUCCCAUCUCACAUUAGUACAAACUUGAACAACUGAAGUACAAUCCCACCUUGCUGUGUUCAUUUUAUUGGAUAGUUUUAGUCAACUUCCUUUAAAAUCAAAAUACAUAAGAUUUUUCUUUUCCACAACAUACAGGCUAUCCAAAAUGCAAAAGAACAAAUACGCAUGUCUUUAAUCAAAUAGUUCAGUGAAAUGGACAUAUAUUAUUCAUUUUUAUUGUUUUUUUGAUGGGGCAAUAUGGGUUAGUAAUUGAGUAUCAGCUUUUGUAUCUACUCCAACAUUUGUCACAUUACAGUUGUUGAUAUUUAACAAGUCUUCUCUCACAUAUCCUGACCGCUGCUGGUAAAUAUUUACAAGCUAACUAUAUCAUCAAGCCUUAUUUUGUUGUGUGUAAUAGUAAAUCUGGAGUUCGUGAAGUACAUCUCAAAUCAUUUGGUAAACAAUUCAUGGUAAAGGAUGAGCUCUACAAUAUGGGAUGUCGCAAAAUCAAAAGUUUUUAGCUGGGUAUAUCACUUAAGUCUUUUCAGUGCAUAUCCAUUCUUCUUUUUUUUACUUUUCUCAAUGCAUGUUUGAUGAGUAACCCCGCUGACGCUCAAGCACUAUCCGGAGUAGUGUUGAGCCUUAGAACACCGUUAAAAGUAUGUAAAUAACCAUAAUCCCUACUAUGUGUUGGGAUUCGUCAGUGAUUUAGUUCUCUACUGAAAGAUGAAGUUAGAAACUCGAGCAACGAGUUUUUUUUUAUAUCCGAAUAAAGUUAAACACACCCUUCUUGAUAUUUGACCACAGAUGCCUUAGAAAUAUUGCUCGCAUCUGCUGGGAUAACCGGGUAAGUAAUAGUGAGGUUAGACGCAGGGUAUUAGGGAACGAUGGUAAAUCAAUUGAUGAGGUGAUGAAUCUUCAUCGACUGAGAUGGUUGGGCCAUGUGUUACGUAUGCCUGAACACCGAUUACCACGACGCGCUAUAAUGACUAGUACUGGGGAUUGUUGGAAGAGAGUUAGGGGUGGCCAAACCGAAACAUGGCAUCAGUGCUUGAAGUCACUAACUUCGAGUCUGAGCCAUGUUGGCAGAUACAGAUUACCUGGUUGGGGUCUGCGUGACUAUCGUAACCAGUGGUUGGAGACUCUAGGUGACAUGGCUCAGAAUCAAUCACAAUGGCGUAGGUGUAUACACUCUUUAUCUUCCCUUAAACCUUGAGACUAAAAUUGCUUCAUAUCUCUCUUCCUUCCUGUACUAUAUCCUUAUAUACAACCUAUAAUUUAUAUACUACUACCACCAGUAAAUUAAUUACUUUUAUGAAUCCGGUGUUCAUCUUGUUGUGCUAACGAGGUAUGGCAACUUGGACCGAUGCAUAAAUGUGCCUGGUCCUACGUUGUAGCUGACUGACUGUUGAUAUCCUACUCCAAAAAAUUAAAUCUUGAAAUCCGAACUACAGGAAAUUAAAUUUUUUUUGCUUAGCUACAACUUUUCCCGGUUUGUGGUUACUCAUCAUUAAUAGCCAUUCUAAAGACUUGGUUUCACUAUGGAAAUAUGUUAAAAUGUGUUCACACAAUGAAAGCUGAAGACGCACUUGCUAGUUAGUAUAGAGUAAUUUGAAUGAAACAAGAUUAGUGUAUGCAUCAUUUGACUACGAAACGUCGAAUUCGGCCGGUUAUAACUUUUUUUCUAACGAAGCCUUUGUUGUCUAUGUUACGCAUAUCAAAAGUGCUUACGCCUGUUCCCACUUGUGGGGGAACAUAGGCUGCCCACCAGCACCCUCCAUAGUAUUUUGUCCUGGACAACCCUUUCCAGUUGCCAUUCAUUUUUUGACGUCUGUUUCCGAUUUCCGACGUGAUGUGUUCCUUAGUCUUUCUCUUUUCAUUUUCCCUUCAGAAUUCUAAGUUAGCGCUUGCUUCGUGAUACAAGCGCGACAAUUCAUAUAGGUGCAUGUGAUUUCCAUGUCAAAAGUAAUUGAUCUUAAAACUUUAGCACUAGUGUAAUGUACAAAAUCCUAUUGAUUUAUAAACAGGUUAAGUUACGUCGUGGAUAAUGAGUACACUUCAGAGGUGAAAGAAAAAGAUCCAUUUAGAAUAAACAUAUUUACCAAGUUCACACACAAAAAACAACGAAAUGACAUUUUAUUGUUGACUAGAGGUAACACGCAAUAAAUGGAUAUUCCUGAACGAGUUACCAGGUGUAGUUAAAACAUCGGCUUUGAGGCCAUAUUUCUUGAACAAAACUGAGAUGUCUGUAAAGGAACUGCUAUACGUAAGCUUUCCUAAAUGAGGUUACCUUCGAUUUUCAAAAGAAAGAAGUAAAGAUGCAUUGUUGUUUACUCUUAGUUGUAAAGUUGCAGUCUUCAAAAACGGUUCAUAUACUAAAAAUGAACCUAGUAUGACGGACUUACCUUCCUUAUCAUACAAACAAUCAGAUGCUAAAAUGAUAUCGAAGAACCCACCUGACCAAUCGAGAGGAUAAUUCCAAUCUAAUGGAGUAAAAUCAUAAUUUUUGAUUCCAUUCAGCUGAGCAUUAAGAUGUAGUGUAUCCGAACAUGUCAAAUCUUUAUCAGUGAAUCGAACAUGAAGAGCACCGAGAAGAGCUGCAGUAAUUCCACAAAGUCCUGUGCCAGCACCAAGCUAUAAUAUAUCAGUGUUAUUGAACAAAACCUAACUUCGAGAACUCGAAGCCCUCUGACUUUUUCAGGAUACUUUACCAAAAAAUCAGACAAGGCUUCUGCACACUUCCAGGUAUAGUGACCAUAACCCAAAAAAGAGUUCACUAAAAUAAAUUACGUUAAUACGAUCGUACCUGAUGUACAUAUUUGUACCUUGAUCCCUUGAAAUUGAAAUAUCUGUCUGUUAGUAUCGACCUAUAAUACAAGUAAAUAGUAUAUGGCUUUUAGUUCGGUG